AUGAACGCGCGUCCUCGCAGCGUCCUCACCGCGUCCUCACCGCGUCCUCGCAGCAUGGAGAAGGCGUACAACAGGCACAAGGAAUGGAUCGAGGAGAACAGCAAGUUCUUCCUCCCGCCGAUCUGCAACAAGAUGAUGCACCAGGAUAGCCAGCUGAAGAUUUUCUACGUCGGCGGUCCGAAUCAGAGGGAGGACUUCCACCUGGAGGAAGGAGAGGAAUUCUUCUACCAGAGGGAGGGCGACAUGGUGCUGCGGAUCAUGGAGAGGGGGCGGUUCAAGGAUGUCAAGAUCAAGGAAGGGCAGGUGAGACAUGCCGUCGUUUGCGAUAAGGACGUGUCAGGAAAUGUUCCCUUGCAGGUUUUCAUGCUGCCGGGGCGGAUCCCCCAUUCUCCCCAGAGAUGGGCCGACACCCUCGGCCUGGUCAUCGAGAGGGAGCGUCUCCCGGAGGAAAAGGACGGACUCAGGUAUUUCGUAAACGGAACGCCCAGCGUCCUCUACGAGCGCUGGUUCUACUGCGAGGACCUCGGGACCCAGCUCGGCCCGCUCAUCCAAGAAUUCAUGGACUCCAAGGCGAGGAAGACCGGCGUUUCUCAGGACGGCGACGUCCUCCCGUCCCCGCCCUGGCAACCAGACGACCAGACUCGAGUCGAAGAUCCGUUCUAUCUGCAGGAUUGGCUGGCCGAGCACCGCGACGAAAUCGAGCGGAACGGCAAGAAGCGGCUGUUCGCGUCCUCGUACGCGUCCGACAUCGACGUCCUGGGACGCGGGGCGCACGCCGGGUCCUGCGGCCGGGGCGACACGUGGCUCUACUGCAUCGAAGGGAGUGCUUCGGUGAGGAGCGGCGGAGAGGAGCAGCCGAUGGAGGCGGACGCCAGCCUGAGGAUCGCGGCGGGGACGCCGUGGUCCGCGGACGUCCGCGAGGGAGGCCUCGUCCUCUCCGUCGUCAUGGACCCGACCCGGAAGCGAUGAAAGGCGAAAGGGUGAAAUACGUCGGGAAAGGCCUUUCCGAAUCCUCGAAUUUAUCUUUAGUGCAUUUAAAACCGCUUUCAAGAUGAUGGACGCUCGAAUUGGAUUUAAAACGUCCUCCAUCCAUUUCCUCCUUUUUUAAAUUUGAUAACGCUGAUGGUAUUUGAUAAAUUUGAAUUCCACUAUGCUUUCCUGUUUUUUUCCUAAUUAAAUUAUAAUAUUUAGAUUCCUUAAGAAUAAUGAUGAAAUGCAUGAUGCUUAUGAAAGAGAAUCAUUCCGCCACCGAAUAUUGCGAUCUUGAGUCCAUCUGGAACGAACUUUUCGAGAAUUUCGUCUGAGAAUUAUUUUUUUCCUUUCGAUAGUUGAAGUCGAAAUUCGUCGGCCUCAUCCAAUGUUGCAUCCAUUGGCCUCACUCAAUUUUCCAUCCAUUGGCCUCACUCAAUUUUCCAUCCAUUGGCCUCACCCAAUUU